CCAAAGAAGGAAUAAAACCAGACGGGUAAUUGCACAACUAGACUGGCCACGCAGAUCCAAGGCACGAGUCCAGCUGUCGUGUUUGGGGAUGGUGGGCGGCAUGACUUGGCAUCGGUGAUGCGCCCACCGUUGCCCCGAGAAACGCGCCGCUGUAAACAUCAACGACCUGUUCAUUCCAGAUCCAAGCUUACCUUGGGCUGGCUACUCCACCCAGAUCCAUUCAUCUUGAGCGAUCUUCCUGCUCUUUUUACUUAUCUUAUUUACUUCUCUUGUUUGCAACUCGAGGGUUUUGUCUUGACUGCGUGGGACACAUUGGAGUAUUGGCUCCCUGUUCUACAGCUUAUCACCAGGAAGUCUCAAACUUCUUCUUAUGUUAAUCAUUUUUGAGCAGAUCUCACUGCAUUUGCUGUUCUUUUGCUCUUCCUUCCAUCAGUCUAUAUCGUAAUCAUAUGAGCAAAGGCUGGCCGAAGCUCAUAACAAUCUUCAGCAUAUAACAUACAAAAUGCCGGGAACAG